AUGAGCCGCGGCGAUCGCUACGAGCAAGACCGUUACCUUUACGAACGUGAGCGCGGACCUGAGCGCGAUCGCGACCGCGGCGGAUACACCCGCGAGCGUGUCGUCGAGGAUGACCGGUACUACAUGCGCGGUGCUCGAGGCGACAUAGACGAACGUGAUCGCUUCUCUGAGCACGACGUCGAAAUUGACCGCCGCCGCCCGGCCUACGAGGAACCCCGCUACGCCGACAACUUGGCUCGUGAUUUUGAGCGGCGUGUUGCUGUCGAGGAUAGGGAGCCAUAUCGUCGGCCCAGACCCGAUAUCUUCGAUCGUCGCCCUGAGCCAGGCCCUCUGGUCCGCCGCUCCCCUCCCCCGCCUGCUAGGUCCCGAUAUGAGUACGACGAGCGCGACCCCUACCGCGACCCCUACCGCGAACCCUAUCGCGAGCCGGUCCGCGAACCCCUUCGUGACCCGUAUCGCGAAGAAUUUUAUCCUCCUCCGCCUCCCCGCUCCGAGCGCCCGGAGCAUCUUCAUGAGGUGGUACGUGAACGCACCAUUGAGCGCGACCGUAGCCCAGCAGGCUCCCGAGUCAGCCGCAGCCACCGCAGCCACUCCAGGUCUCGCAGCCGGAGCACUUCCAGUCACAGCCGCCGCAGCGGUGGAACCAGUGUCCGCGCAGAAUACCCCAAAAAGGGCAAGACUCGUAUUCCCUCACGUCUCGUGUCGACUAAAGUCAUCAUCGACUUGGGAUAUCCAUAUGUCGAAGAGGGCAACACAAUCAUCAUUCAAAAGGCCCUUGGCCAGGAACACAUUGAUGAGCUCCUCAGACUGAGCGAGGAGUACACAAAAACUGAAGUAGAAAUCACCGUGCCAGCACCGCCAAAGUCCGCUGUGGGUGAAAUUGUCAGAGAGCGCCGUGAGGAGCAUCAUAGCCCGCACCAUGACGACAUCAAGCAAGAAGUCAUCAUUUCUCCCCCACCACAGCCAAUCUAUAUCCAGGCCCCUGCUCCGCCUCCCCCUGCUCCUGCUCCUGCCCCUCCGCCCCCCGCGCCCGCGCCGCAGGCGCCCAUCAUCGUCGACGCACACCCGCGCUCUUCCGGUCAUGGCAGUGUUGAGGUUGUGGACAAGACGGUCAUUCGUGAGGAAUAUCCUCGCUACCUCAGGGGCGACUAUGAAUCAGAUACUCUGGUAGUUGGACCUCUUGUCAGAACUCGGUCUCGCUCCCGCUCCAGAGCACGAUCUGACAUUCGCGCCGAAAUCCGUGCGCUUGAACGAGAGUAUGAAGGCCAGCGAAGACACCACCAUCGCCACCACUCCCGAGACCGAGACGAGGAUGAGUACGACAUUGUCCGCACUGAACGUUUGGAGGAUGGUCAGCUGGUCGUCUAUGAAGAGCGCGUUGAUCGCGUAACUACCCACCCCAAGCCAGCGAGAAUCGAGAAGGACAAGAAAGGUAGGAUCACCCUUAGCCUGCCAGCCUACAGAUAG